AUGAAACAGAGCACACUUUUCUCAGUAUUCUCUAAGAAUACUAGUUUGAAUGGAACCUCAAGUCGACUAGAUCUUCUUGACUGUGACAAUGAAAAGGCGAAAACAAAUGCAGAUACCCUUCCUAAAACCUCAUCAAAACAUGUGGAUAAGUUGCAUGCACAAGCAGAAUCCAAUCUUAGGUUGGAUGCGAGUCCUACUGAUUAUUGUGCUGGAAAUACAAAAGUUAAUAAAUUGUUGUUGUUAGAUGUUGAGCUGGAUAGUACAGAUAAGAAGAAAAGCAUCAAGCUGGAUAUUGAAGACAAGAAGAAGAACAUUGAGCUCAGUAUUACAGACAAGAACGCCAAGGAUGAAAAUAUUAAUUGUAAACGACAAGGGAAGUUAUCACUAUCCUCUGUGAAGAGAUCAAAUACUUUAGUAAAUGUUGAAUAUAUAAGUCAACCAGAAUCUCAAAUUAAGAAUCAGAUUAAGUCCACUGGAAAGUUUGUGACAGUUCAAACAUCACCAUUAAAUUUGCACUCACUGAUAAAGGAAAGUCAACCCAUGGAAUAUUCUGAUGCAAAACUUCCUUCAGAUGCUGCAAAAGAGCAAGGAGUGGAUUCAAUAGGCUAUGCAGAUUUCCUAGCCCAGCUGGUCAACAAAAAUGACAAGAAAAUACACCAAAACAAGGAGGUCUCUGCUUCCUGCACCGGCAGUGAGAGUGACGAGACAAAAAAGGCAGUGUCGUACUUAGAGUUCCUUGGUAUGUUCAAAUCACCACCAAAAGUUGAAGAGUCAACAGUCACAAUUGAUGAUGAUGAUGAAAAUGGUGAACUAGAAAAAUGUCCUCUUCCUCUUCCAGUUACUGAACAGCGGAAGGAGGUAAAAUGUAAAUCAAUCACUUCCUUUUUCACAAAAAUCGAAACUAAGCCCAGACAUAUAAAUUCAUCCGACAUUACAACUGUAACAGUGAUUGCUGAAGUUCAUUCUCUGUCUGAUUCAGUGGAGCACAAAAGGACAGUUAAAUCAGCACACAACAAGAAAUUGCCAGGAAAGGUGGACAGAUUAAAGGAAGAUAAAUGUGAAAUAGAAAUAUUAAGUUCAGAGACAAUAACUGACGUUGAAGAUGUGGGAAAAAAAGUGCAAGGAACAAAAAGGAACAGUGAGGCUUCUUCCUUGUCAUUACAGGUUGCCAAAAAACUGAAAGUUGAACAAGAAUCAGUAGUGAAUAAACAGAAAGUUGAACAAGAAUCAGUAUCACAUAAGCAGACCUCUAAUAAAACAGUCACAAAGUCUAAGAAUGAAAUACCAUCAGAUGUUUCUAUGAAAACAGUUUUGAAAAUGCCAACCACAUCCAAAAAUAAUAACUGUUUACAUGGAGAAGAUAGUACAUCAGCUGCUUCUUUAAAUGAUGCAAAGUUUAAACCACUUAUGCCUGCAACCAUACCAGCAUCAUCAACAAAGUCAUCACAGUCUACUCUUCAUUUUGGAACAAGUGGUCUUUUAUUGAAGAAGGCAGAGGGACUGAAAAUAGAUAUUUGCACAGAGGAAGAUUCUGCAGGUUCUGAUGGCGAGAUCUUAGCCAAAAAACCAACAGAGAAGCAGUCUUUACUGAGAGCUAAACUAGAAAAUGAAGAAGAAAAGAAGCUGAACAUGCGCAAAGCCAAUGGCAAAGAAGAAUGUGGAAGGGCAACAAAUGGGGAUUGUAGCGAACCUGUACCUUUCGUGGAAAGAUUGCUGCAAACACCAAAAGAGAGGACAGACAUAGGUAAAGACCUUGCCCAGGAGAAGACAGAGGAAACUAGUACACCAAGGCGUAGUGCUCGCCUGGCGCAGUCAGUUCAUGUCUUCAAGGAUGCAGAUAUUGUGGAGAUCACUAGUGAUGAUGAUGAUGAGCCAAAGAAAAGAGGAAGAAAGGGAGGAGCUGCAAAGUCAUCUACCAAUGGUGGAAGUCCAGCAGGGAACUGGCCAGUUAAAUCUUCAGGAAAACUUGCAUCAAUUUUUACCGCUGUGAAAUCAAAGGAGCCUGUUGGUAAAGUUUUCCUAGCGCCUGUAGACCCCGAACAAGAACGAUUGAGACGAGAAUUCUUGAUGAGUGGAAUUCCUGACGAGCUGAAACGUCAGAUAGCUACAACAGCAGCCACCGCAAAUUUGGUGCUGGAUUAUCCACCCCUUCCCAACAUCAGCCAUGUGCAGCAGAUAUCAGCCGAGGAUUACUUGCCUGUUAAUAUCAAAAUCCCAAAGCUUUGUGUUCUUGAUGACAGUUUUCAUGGUACAGUCGGUAUGUGGGAAAGGCUAGGAUGGAAAAAGACACAAAACACUAAAGGUCUUGAUCGAGACCCAUUUAAGACGUUCACAGCAAACCCUUCAGGUGAAAUCCCACGUGUUGACCUCCUGUUGCAGGACCUUCAGUGUUGUGAUGGCAAAUUUCCUUUCAGAAAAACUUAUCAGCAUCUUCACAGUAAAGUUGUCUCUUCUGAAACUGCAUAUAAUAAACUGACUCCACCUAUUGUCAUUGAUGUAGAGGCUAUUGAUGAUGAUGUGAUUGUGUGUGAUGCUUCACAUGUUUCUGAUCUACAACCAUUAAAAAAUACCUCAGAAUCAAAAGCAUCUCUGUGGUCUGACCUUCACCAGCCAGAAAGCUCGGAGCAUGUCAUUGGAAACACUAAAGCAAUGAAACAGUUAAGGGAAUGGUUACAGGAAUGGAAGGUAGUUCUGGAAAAACAGGUGCGAAAGGCCAGCAAGAUCAGUAAAAACACAAGCAAAAAUAAACAUAAAGGUGGCUGGUCAGAUGACAGUGAUUUCACGGACAGUGAGGAAGAGGAAGAAACCCUUUGUAACAGUGUGCUCAUCACUGGAGCACGUGGUAUCGGCAAGACAGCUUCUGUUUAUGCACUGGCAAAAGAAUUAAACUACAAGGUGUUUGAGGUGAACUCUUCUUCAUUGAGGAGUGGCAAACAGCUGUUAGCUCAACUGGAAGAAGCAACCCAGUCUCACAGAGUGGCUCAAAAUAAGAGCAAAUCUGCUGGAAUAUCAGACACACCACCUGCAGGUUUCAAAAGGUUGGAGGUAGACAAAGGAAUAAGGCCUUUACCUAAACCAAAGCAGGGAACUACUGCUGCCUUUGCUAACUUAUUUCGCUUGACACCACAAGCUGGGGAUAAAAACAGCAAGAACACGGGAAGUAAGCUCACAGUGUCAGGCAAAGAAAGCAGAAGUAGCAGUGUAAAGAAAAACAAGGAAACACCGAUCCUGAAAAUUACUGAGCCAGUGAAUGUAAGAUUACAGAGAAAGAAAAACAUAAAAUCACAAGCAGAUGGGAAUAAUGGUGUGACAUCUGGCUCAUUGAACCUAACGUCGGCUUCCCUUAUUUUGUUUGAUGAGGUUGAUGUUGUAUUUGAAGAGGACAAAGGCUUUUUGGCUACAGUGCAACAUUUCAUGAUGUCCACAAAGAUUCCUAUUGUCCUGACAUCUACAGAUGCUUCUUUUCAUCUUCAGCUGCAAGCUCGCCAUGACCACAUACGGUUACGUAAACCACCUCUGGUUUCAGCUGCCAGUUUCUUAAGCACCAUAUGUCUGGCUCAUGGAAUACGCAUCAGUCAUCAAUCAGUCUUAAAUGCCUUACAUUACACCAAAGGCGAUAUUCGACGCUGCCUGCUCAAUCUGCAGUACUGGUGUGAAUCUGGAGGUGGAGUUGUUCAGAUUGAUCAAGACAUCGAUUGGAACUCAGUUAAGAGCACUGAUAAUGUCAGUGAGAAAUCUGUGACAGGUAGUCUCCUUGCGAAAACAUUCAGGUCAAGAAUAGUCAGCACUGAUGACAGUAAUGACAGCGAUUUUAUUUCUUUGAGACCUCCGAGAAAGAAAGCAAAACGAAUGACUUCAGAUGAUGACAGCUCUAUGGAUACUGUUACAUCGACUGAAAUUUCCAGCAUUUGCUUAUCACAUUCUAAAAAAAUUGGGACUGUUUCUAUAAAGAGAAAGGAAGUCAAAUCAAAGAAUAUUCCAAGCAGGAAUCAGAUGAAUGUAAUUACAGAAGAUGCAAGUGGCAGGGAGAGUUGUCAGCUGCCAUUAGUCCACACUGGGUUUGAAGAGAGCUUGUUAGGACUUCAUGGCUUUGAUAUGUCCCUGGAUGCUUUGAUGGAUUUGAUAAAGAUGCUUGACCAUGCUGUUGAUACGUUCUCUGUGAUUACCCAAGCCUUAAACUAUGAUGUCAUCUAUCAUGUAGCUCUCCAUGGUCUUCCAUUGCCAACAAUUGACCAUCCACCAGCUCAGUUGACAAUCACUGCUCCGCUUGAACCUGUAGCUUCAGAGGAGUCCUCUGGUAUAAAACCCAGAAAGAGAAUCAUUCAAGGAGACUGGAUGGAUAGUGAUAGUUCUGACGCCGAUUCUCAUUUGGUGAAACACAUACCUCAAGACUUUUCAAACGUUAAUGAACAUUCUCCAGAAAAUUCUCCAAAACAAGCUGAUAGUGGUUUACAAGAUGAACUUUCAGCCAACUCCAUUCCUAAAAAAAGACUUCCAGGAAAAAAUACAGUUACAAAUGGCAAAAAUAAGACAGAGAGUAAGUCAAAAGAUGGUAGUAAUAGUCUUACAAAGUCAGUCCUGGCAGAAUUCUCCAGAUACUAUGAUAAUUUAUCAUAUAUUGAUUGUAUGGAAACAAAGUCAUCUUCAGCAACCAGUCGUAGUCAAGGAGUUCAUGUCUUUCCUGGUCUCAGUGAUGAUGAGACUUAUUCCAGACUGUCUCACCAAACCCUUCAGGACCAGUUGCAGUGUUAUACUGGGUCGAUGAAUGUGCUUGCAGCAAGACAGUUCUGCAGCAGCAUUGGAGAGAGCAUCAGAAAUUAUAAACAAUGUAGUGGUGGUCAUGAAGGCUUCAGAGAUUCAUCAGAUGCAACCAGUUGUAAUGGCAGUGAUAGACAAGCUGGCGUAUAUGCCUCUGAUUGGCCUGGGGAGCUUAGUUUACCACUACAGAACAUAUCGCCAGAUCUUUGGAGCAUGGCAGAGAAGCAUCAGAAUCGAAACUUGUCAAGUGAAUCGGCUUUUAAAAAUGUAAUCAAGUGCCUACACCCUUUAGUUCAGAGUUCGGAUCCUGCCUUAUGUUUAGAUUAUCUGCCAUACCUCCGGGAUAUCUGUCGGUCAGAGGAUGGAAGGCGACUGGCAAAAACACAGAGAAG